GGGUCUGGGGGAGAGAGUCCCGCUUCGCCUCCACGUGGGGGAAGGUGGAUUUGAGGCCCAAACUGCGAGCGGGCUCUGUCUCGAACUCUGCUUCAAACCGCCAGACUUUUAAAAAAAAAUUUUCCGUGCGAACCAGCAGCAUUUUCCAUCUUUCUUGCAGUUUUGCAUUGUGUGUCUUCACUGUCUCGUUGUAGAGUAACAUGCAGCACAAGUUUAUGUGUGCAGCCUUUUGGUGAAUGAGAAGUAGGAGAUGGUGCUCGUAAGCUACUGUGAGCAGAAGGCAGCAGGGACGGGGUCUAUAAUCUCUAGGUUAGGUGAAAUUCUAGUGUUCAGAGCAAAGGUAAUGUGAUUGAUGUAGAAUAACUUUAUACCUGAAAGGUAAACUUAACCUGAGGUAUCGAGCAGUCACUUUAUCGAGUAGUUGCUGGUGUGGAGAGGGGUUGUGUAGUUACUGUGUGUGUGUUUUGUAGUGUGUGGAAGUUUUUUUCUGCGCUUAUCCAGCAAGUGAGGGAUCUGGACCACAUCCUCCACAACCUUUGGAAGUGGUGCCUGUGAGGUGACAGGCAGGUUUGAGAUGUUCCACACUGCUGCUCUUGGGUUUGUUUUUCAUAACUCAGCAGCAUUUGUGGCUCCAAGUGUAAUUUGGUGACAGGCGUUCAGGCUUAAUUUGUUGUCAGUUUUAGGCUAUCACUGAGCAUGGAAUAGGUUGCCCCAUCCCUGGAGAUGUUUAAAGCCAAGCUGGAUGUGGCUCUACACAGCUUGGUCUAGUGAAAGGUAUCCCUGCCCAUGGCAUUGGGUUGGACUAGAUGAUCUUUAAGGUCCCUUCCAUCACAAACCAUUCUGAUUAUACAAUUCUCUGUUGGUUGCCUCGGUGGUGAAGGGAUUUCUUUUUCAAGAGUUUGUUACUGGACUCCACUACUCCUGCAAGAUGGGGGAUUCUGUUUAAAAAUUGACAUAAUGGUUUUGAUUUGGAGAAAGGGUUUAUUUUGCUCUGCAGGUGUCCUGUGUGCAGGUUUGUUUGUUUGUUAUGUGGUGGUUGCAGAUGCCUGGUACAGUUGCACCACACCAGCUGCCCGGUGUUCUCACGUUGGCAGUAUCUGUCUAGUCCAGAGAAAACCUCAGUCUUGUCAAGUAUAAAAAUUCUGUCAAGUGUGCUUGGGAGAUGAGAAUUUGGCAACUCUGAAAUUUUUUUAGGAUAAAGGAGAUAAAACAGGAAAACUUAAAAAUUGUUAAAUUUGGUUCUGAAUAUUAGUGGAGGGUUGGCUCUUUUAGGGGCCCAAUAUGAAGGGAAUUAAUCCAGAUUUGGGCAGUACACUUCCAGGCUUGUGAUAUCUUUCCUCCUUUUUGUCCUCUGAAUGUCCUGUUUUUCAGAGCUGUUGGGCAAACAAAGACUAGUGCACCUGUUCAGCCUUCUGAUAAAACAGACAUGAAACUGGCACAAAGAAUGAAUGCUUGGUGGAAAUUGGUGUAUUAAUGUUUGUAGUUGACCUCAUUCCAUAUUCCUAGUGCAGUUCCUAAUGCAGCUUUGUGAAUCUCCUACAGUGACAGGCUGUUGUCUGCCUUUGUCUCCCUUAGUUCAGCUCUAGAAUUUACCUGGCCUGGGAUGAGUUGUUUCCCCCCCACUAGUCUGGAAAGUGAAUGGACUACCUUGCCAGAAAAAAAAUGGGAAAAGUUGUUUUUUAACAAGCUGAAUGUACUCAUAUGGAAGCACGGGGUUGGCAGUACAGUGCAGGUGAAGGUGAAGUGCUCUGUGACAGGUGAUGCAGGGAAAUGUCCUGUUAAACACUGCCCUGCAGUCAGACCACACAGGAAAUUGUAGUUUCUGCUGAUGUCCAAAGCCGAUGUAAAAUCUCUCAGCGGCUGGACCGGGUGUUUUGUGCAUCCCUUUAUUUUUCAGUUUGCCCCAUUCUUAUCUUAUGCUAAUGUAUGGCAGGCCAGUUGGAUUAGUUAGCUGAUCAGAAUUUAGCUUUUAGUGGAAACAAGUAAGUGUCUGUGGGAAAGAGCAGGAGGGAGAGGAGGGACUUUGUCUUCUGAUGUCGAUGCUGACCCGCUGCAGAACUGUGCUGUGAGUGGUGCUGCUGAGGGUGUGGAGAAGCCCCAGAAUGGCUCGGUUCUUGGAUGAUGCUGUUAGUAUUGAAAGCGGUACUAACACCGAGCGCCCUGAUACGCCAACAAACACUCCUAAUGCUCCAGGAAGAAAAAGCUGGGGGAAAGGAAAAUGGAAGUCGAAGAAGUGCAAAUAUUCCUUCAAAUGUGUAAAUAGCCUGAAGGAGGACCAUGGCCAGCCUCUGUUUGGAGUCCAGUUUAACUGGCACAGUAAAGAAGGUGAUCCUCUUGUUUUUGCCACUGUAGGCAGCAACAGAGUUACUUUAUAUGAAUGUCAUUCCCAAGGAGAAAUCCGUCUGUUGCAGUCUUACGUGGAUGCUGAUGCAGAUGAAAAUUUCUAUACCUGUGCAUGGACAUAUGAUAGCAAUACAAGCCAUCCUCUUCUGGCUGUGGCAGGAUCCAGGGGUAUUAUUAGGAUAAUUAAUCCUAUCACAAUGCAGUGCAUAAAGCACUACGUGGGCCAUGGAAAUGCAAUUAAUGAACUGAAAUUCCAUCCAAGAGAUCCAAAUCUUCUUUUAUCUGUAAGCAAAGAUCAUGCAUUGAGACUGUGGAACAUCCAGACAGACACGCUGGUUGCAAUAUUUGGAGGAGUAGAAGGGCACAGGGAUGAGGUGUUAAGUGCAGUAAGUGGAAGAUCAUGGGGCAGUGAUUUAGAUUUACAGAGGGAUUACGAUCUUCUUGGUGAAAAAAUCAUGUCCUGUGGGAUGGAUCACUCUCUAAAACUCUGGAGAAUCAAUUCCAAGAGAAUGAUUAAUGCUAUCAAAGAGUCUUAUGAGUACAACCCAAACAAAACCAACAGGCCUUUUGUUUCCCAGAAAAUUCACUUUCCUGACUUUUCUACAAGAGACAUACAUAGAAACUAUGUUGACUGUGUACGGUGGCUGGGAGACCUCAUUCUUUCCAAGUCUUGUGAAAAUGCCAUUGUUUGCUGGAAGCCUGGCAAGAUGGAAGAUGAUAUAGAUAAAAUCAAGCCCAGUGAGUCAAACGUGACCAUUCUUGGGAGAUUUGAUUAUAGCCAGUGUGACAUAUGGUACAUGAGAUUUUCUAUGGAUUUCUGGCAAAAGAUGCUUGCUCUGGGCAAUCAAGUUGGCAAACUUUAUGUUUGGGAUUUAGAAAUAGAGGACCCACAUAAAGCCAAGUGUACGACCCUUACUCACCCCAAGUGUGUUGCUGCCAUCCGACAGACCAGUUUUAGCAGGGAUAGCAGUAUCCUUAUAGCUGUGUGUGAUGAUGCCAGUAUCUGGCGCUGGGACAGAUUACGAUAAAGUACUUUUUCUUAAUUCAUAGAAGAAAAUAUAUUUUCAAAUUAUAAUAUAGUCUGUUAACAUGCUAGUACAGUAGAUGCAUUUAGUGUAGACUUUCUCGAAGGUUCAGCAGGCUGGAGCUGGACUUAGUGAUGUUUACAUUCUGUGUAUUGUUCUGCUUGAAAUUGCUGCUUUUAAUAAAAAGAAGUAUUUUUGUAAAGUUU